AUGGCUCAGGAGAAAAUGGAGCUGGACUGUGAGCCUGAUACAUCUAAUGGGGGCAGCCUGAGGAGAUCCAACAGCGCUCCCCUGAUCCAUGGGCUCAGUGACCUUUCACAGGUUUUUCAUCCUUAUGCAUUUAGAACUCGGAGAAAUAGUGCAACGAUUAUGAGCUAUCACAGCCUGGAGAAAGGUGUAGAUGUGAUGAACAGAGAAACUUCCCCAGAAAGAGAAGUGCAAAUGGCUAUGCAGAUAAGCCAAACAUGGGAUGAAAACUUGAGCCUGAGUGAUAGUGAUUUCGACAAGCCAAAGAAAUUAUACUCUCCUAAAAGGAUUGACUUCACACCAGUUUCUCCAGCACCAUCACCCACCAGAGGAUUUGGAAAGCAAUGUUUUUCACCAUCCUUACAAAUGUUUGUGAGCAGCAGUGGGCUACCACCAAGUCCCAUUCCUAGUCCGAGACAUUUUUCCAGCAGGAGGAGUCAGAGUCCAGUCAAGUGCAUUAGGCCCAGUGUUCUUGGUCCUCUUAAAAGAAAAGGUGAAAUGGAGACCGAAAACCAGACCAAGAGGCUAUUUCAAGGCACUACCAAUAUGCUGUCUCUGGAGACUGCACAAUUGUCUGAUCUCAGUUCAUGUUCAGACAUUUUGGAUGGCAGUAGUAGCAGCAGUAGCAGCAGUGGCUUAUCCUCAGACUCACUGGCUAAAAUGACAACUGCAGAGUCUCCAGUAGCAUGCUCCAAUUCAUGCCCUCCGUUCACCUUGAUGGAUGAUCUCUCACCCAAGUGA